GUUGUUCAUUCGCAUUUUGCAAUUACAAGUCGUUCGCCGAAGAUUGUUAAUAAGGUUAACAUCGAUUUACAGUUUGAGAAUAUAAAAGAUCCAUAAACAAUUAACAUUUGAUUGAAGGGAUUUCUACCAAAAUGUGCAAGCUACUUAUCAUAACUGUUAUUUUUGGAUAUGUUGCUGCCAAACAUGAAAGCAAUAUUUAUCUACCACUGGUAAAGAUGCAAAGUGAUGAAAGUAGCGAGUCAGAUAUUUCAAACCGUUUAAAGUGUACGUGCGAUUCAAACAGGAAAGACCUUGCCACAAAAGCAGAUCUGGCGAAGUUGAAGAAAGAAAUGAUUGCGGAUAUGUCUGCUCUUAUGUUAGUUAAACCUAAACCGAAACCCAUUGACUGCGGAGAUAUUUACAAUGAAGGUCACAAUAAAACUGGCAUUUACACUAUUUACCCUACUUCCAAUAACAAAGGCAUCUCAGUACGUUGCGAUAUGAACACAUCAGGUGGUGGAUGGACUGUUAUACAAAGAAGGGUUUCUAAAAGCGACUUUUAUAAGACAUGGGACGAAUAUGAGACUGGUUUUGGUAACCUCAGUGAUAACUUCUAUCUUGGGAACCGCAUUAUACAUGAGAUCACCAGCCAAGGCAAAUAUCAGAAAUAUCAGCUUCGAGUUGACCUUACCAGCUUUCAAGGAGAAUCUGCAUAUGCAGAGUACAGUCAGUUUUCUAUUGGUGAUUCUGAAUCCAGUUACAGACUGGAUGUUAGUGGAUAUUCUGGUACUGCAGGUGAUGCUCUUGAGUAUCAUAAUGGCAUGAAAUUUUCUACAAAAGACAGAGACAACGACCCCGACGGUUCUCAUUGUGCAGAUAAAUAUCGCGGUGCAUGGUGGUACAAGAAAUGUCAUCAUUCAAACCUAAAUGGACUGUAUGGUUCUAACGAAUUCGGAAAGGGUACAAACUGGUACCAGUGGAAAGGACAUCACACUUCGAUGGAAACCAUGGAAAUGAAAAUUCGUAAUAUUUGUAAAGUAUAAGUUCAAGACUGCAGUGUACAUAAUGCAUCAAAUACACUUAUACUAUUUCGUUCCGAGUACAAAAAGAUUGUGUUUACGUAUUAUAUUAUUAGAAUAUACGUAUUAUAUAGUAUUCCAAUACUGUAAUUUUUUUCUUUAUUUUUUUUACUUAUUAACCAUGUGAAAAAUUGUGUUAUAAUUGUAUUAUUUGUUUAUUUCACGCAUUCAAAAAUAUAUCAAAAUUAUCUUAUGUACUCGAAUCACGCUAAAAUGACAUUUGUAAAAGUCCCAGCAUAAAUUUCUGUAAAAAUGCUAUAUAUUUUGGGUUUGAAGCGGGAUUAUAUCUAUAUAUGUUGAACGAAAUUAAGACAUCGACAGAAUCACCGAGUAGUUUUAAAACAGUUUUCUAGUAAUGUGACUUGAAACCCUAAAAGUUACAAUAAGAGAUAUUGUGGAUAUAGUAUGAUUGAAACAAACCUAAAUCAUUCAUUUGACAUGUUCUUUAACGUUUCCAGAUAUCACUGUGACAACUUUUGUGAAAUCUUAACACUCUUACCUGACCCACGUGGAUCAGGUUAGGAAACCACCAUUUUUUUCUUUAUAAGGAGAAAAGUUUUUUUCCUGUGACAGCAUAGUGUAUUUAUUUCGAGGACAUUUACAGAUAAAUGAAUGAAAAAUUCAAAAUAAAAAAAAUAAAAAUUUUGCCUAUGUAUCCCUUUAAACAGACUAUGAUAUAUAUCAUGAUUAUGUAAGAAGUGUAGUUUUUUGACACUGUUAACGCUGACCAAAUUAUCUUAAUGUAAUUAUUUCUGUUUUAAUAUUAUAUAGAAAUGUAUAUUUGAUGUCUUUAUUACACAGUUAUAAGAUUGAAUUCAUGAAUAAGCGUCUAUUGUUUAACGUUAAAGUACGGUUACUUCUUUAGUUUAAUCAUUGGUGUUAAAUGAAAUAUUGAUAAUAUUAUUUUGUAAAUAUAGUGACAUGUUUAAGUAAAGACACGUUAAUCAUAGAAACUAUUAAUACUUAUCUAAAGAUGUUUCACAAUUUAGUACUACUCUAUAGAAAUAUUUAUUAUACUAUUUAGCUAUUUGAAAACUUUUCAUUAAAUUUUUAAUCAUCACGAAAUGAAAUUAUGUCUUAGUUCUUGCUAACAAAUUAAAUAAGUUUUGAAAUAUUUUUUUAAACUAUUGCUCAUAAAAUCACUUAAGUCAACAUUCUAUUUUUUAAAGAGUCACACCUUUCUAGAAUUUUUCUUUUGCAAUUUUUGAUAACAAUAUAAUUCACAAUGUUGAACACUCUUAAAUGUCAUAAUUACCAAUCGAGUACUGAGAACGAUGUAACAAUAUCAAUGGCGUUGUUUCAAUAUUUUGGUACUUUUACUUUUACAAUAAACGAAACUCAUGUAUCUCUAUAUGUUUAAUAAAUAUGGAUUCUCCAUGAUAUUCCAAAUUUUAAUAGGUAUUUAUAUACUCAUGUAACUGAUAGAAAGUAUUUGCUAUAUGCAGGUAUAGACAAUUAAGUGUUUAAUAAUCUUUAAUCUUCUCUACAUGGAAAAAAUUGGUUACUUUAUAUAUGUACGUUCAUUAAAAGCAAUUAAGAUAUGUGUGUAAAAUUUUA